AUGGCGUCAAUCGACCCCGGCCCUUCAGCGGCCUUCUACCGCCGCUUCCCAGGCGGUGCGGACGGCCCUCUCCAACCUUCAGAUCCAUCAACCGCCUCCCCUCCGCUUCUGGACACUUCCCAAUCUCCGCGUGAGUUUUUGGACUCGGCAACAACGGACGGGCUAUACGCGAUCCUCAACGUUCCGCGCGAUGCAUCAAACGCAGAGAUCCAACAGCGAUACCGUACCCUCGCAGCCCAGUUCCAUCCCGACAAGCAGCCAGAUGAGGAGCGUCGCCGGGCCGCACACGGUCGGUUCCAGGAUAUCCAGCGCGCCCAUGAGGUGUUGACUGAUCCUGCGCGCCGGACUGUGUACGACAUGUUUGGAGAGGAGGGAUUGCGGACUAGUUGGGAAGUUGGACCGCGGAAUAUGAGCCCGGCUCAGAUGAGGAGGCAUUACGAGAGGCAGGGGGAUGUUAAGCGCAAGCUGGACGCUGAGGCGCUUGUCAACUCCAAGGGCGAGCUCAACGUCACGUUCGACGCGCGCGGCGUAUUCCUCCCUGUCUCUGUCUUUGACGAUCCGCAAGGCAAGAUCGACCAUUCGAUCGUCGGCCGUGCUCGACGCCUUGCAGUCGGUCAGACGACUCUCAAGCACUCGUUCGAGACGCCAAUCUCGGACAACACCCAGCUGGUGGUGGAGAGCACGAUGGCCGCGAUGAACGGCCACGGCGGUGCGAAUGUCAGCGGUACCGUGCGGCACCAGUUCUCUCCCCGCCUAUGGGGACAAGUCUCGCAGUCAGUCCUCUUCCCCCGCAUCACCAGCGUCAAGGCAAACUACACGCACGACGAGAUGACUUUUGUGACUGUCAAUGCAAUUCAACAGAACUGGGCCGCUCCGCCUCGCCUCACCAUGACUUUAGGACGGCAGUUAUGGCCCACCACCACUGGGUUCGUCAACUAUUCGACUGGAUUUUGGGCUCUUGGACCGUGGGGAGCGCAGAUUCCAGAGGAACUCGCACUCCAGGAUUCCGGUUCCAUGUCGGUUGGAGUUACGAAUGCCGGCAUUGGCGGUAAGGGCGGAUGGACAGUCGAGGCUGCUGCGGGGCUCACUUCGUCGGCGAUUACUGCGGAUUAUACGACCUUUAUUGCCGGGCUCAGACUCAAGCUCGGCGCGGGGCUUGAUAUCAUGGACGGCGUGAAUGGGUUCAUGGACGGCACGGCGCGGGUUACGGAAUCGACAAGGGUUGGAGCAAUGGUCAAGGUCGCGUCUUCGGGGGUGCGCCUCGUGCUCCAUUUCGGAAGGGUGGGACAGCGGAUUCGUAUCCCGAUCCUCCUGUCUUUCGACGCGAAUCCACACGUCGUUUUCUGGUCUACGGUUCUGCCUAUUGCGGGAUGGGCUGGGUUCUACCACUGGUGGAUGGUGCCGCGGAAGCAGAAGCGCAUUGAGCGCCGCAUCAAACGCCUCCGCGCCGAACACGCCAAUUACAUCACCCAGAAACGCCAAGAGGCCCAAGAAGCCAUUCUUCUAAUGGAACGUGCCGUUGCCUCUAAAGCGCAAUCUGAACGCGCCCGCAACGGCCUAGUCAUCCUCGACGCCUACUAUGGCCGUGCCACCUCCUUCACCCCCCGCGGCAUGCGAGAGGAGGACGAGGACGGCUACCCCGUCGUCACAGACGUCACUGUCCCCGUACAGGCACUUGUGGCCGACUCGAAGCUCUACAUCCCCGCCGGACCGGCAAAGUACAACCUCCUCGGCUUCUACGAUCCGUGUAUUGGCGAGAAUAAACGGUUGAGGGUACGGUAUCUGUUUAAUGGCAAGGUACAUGAGGUCGAGGUGGAUGAUGUUAGUGCGCUUAGGGCGCCGGUUAGGGAACAUGCUGUCGAGUAG